CUACUACUCCCUGGACGCCAUCAGGGGAAGAGGGAGAGUAGUAUUCAUAUUGAGUAAUUGUGGAGGGGUGGGAUGAAUAGGGUGACCAGCAGGGAGGAGGAGGACCGCCUCCUCCGCGGCCGCUCUUUGCCUCGUGUCGCCCCACUUGUGCGGCAGUUCUUUAUUGCGACCCAGUUCAGGCUUCGCGCGCGCUGCGAGACCGCUGGCGCCGCGACAAGGACAGUUCUGUUUGCUGUGAUGGGGGCGCAGGGGACUUCCCCGUCGCAGCCCCGUUCCCGCCUGUCCCUGGCGCUGGCGCUGCGCCCUGGUCGCGGAGGAUUGCCCUCGGCGCCCUGUCUUCGCUUUCCCGCCACGCCUGCGCUGGUGGUCCUAUCCCGCGUUGCCUUUCGUCCUCGCCGGUCCUGCCGGUGGCACUUCGCCUCGCCUUGCCCGUCCAUGUACGGUCGCCACUGGCCUGUUUGUACCAUGCUCUCGUCUCUCGCCCCCCAUGCUUGGGUGUGCGCAUGGCAUGGUUGAUCCCCUCGUGUGGAUCCCUGCCGUAUCUUCUGAUGGGCCGGCCGUGCGCGUCCUUCGCUUCUCGCUCUCCGACCCGCUACGCGUCGACACUGCGCGCGGGGCCGCGACGCCAAAAAGUGGAUUCGCAGGGCGCGCGAAUUUUUCUCGAAGUGAUCGGUUGAUUGCGAGUUCGGAUGCAUGUGUGCGGGCUUGUGCUGCCAGGAACUCUGGUCGUGCUUGUUGUGUAUCGGCGCGACCGUGAAUGCGUGCUACAGUUUGUGGUCGCAAUUUAUUUGCUUUUUCAUCAUCUCAGCGUUCACUCUUGCACUUAUGGUGCGAAUCGCAUGAUCGUUUCAGUCACCGCUGGAGGUGAAGGAGCAGAUCCUGCCACUCUUUGCGAAGGUCCUUUAUGUGAUAUGCUUGGCGAGGGGGCUACCGAGUUCUCGAUGUACCAGGUCUUCUCGCGCUCGAGAAACGAGUCCUUCGAGUGCAACUUCAAGGUGCAGACCACAGACUGGGAGCACCCGGUGGCGUUCGCACUAUGGCGAGGCUGUCUUGACGGUUGGAAGGAAGUGCAGAGAAUUGCCGAAGGUCGUUUGCCAGCAACGAUCGUUGGAGCGCAGGCGGGCGCGCUCGACGAGCUGCCCCCCGACCGCGGCAAGCAGGUGGAGACCAACCUGCGCAAGAUCUUCCAGGAUGCCGGCCUGCUCGAGGGCGCAGGCGGGCCGCCUCCUGGCUCUGCUCUGGCUCGGUGAUGUGCGCUGCGAGGCGAUGGCCCCCUCCCCGUUGCGCAGCCCAGCGGUGCACGCGAUACGAGCCCUCCCUUCGGCGCAGCAGUGAGGAGAGCGUGGUUGUGACAGCGUGAGGGGGGGAAGUUCUGCGACAGAUGUCUGAUGCAGUUCUGCCGAGGUGCCGGCUUGGCGGAGUGCGUCGUCGGAAAGGGCGAGCAGCAGAGCGAACUGAACGCGGUGGAUUCGGCUUGAUAAGUUAGGUCCCGUGGUGGGACCUUAUUUUUUAUCUUCGUAUUUCUACUUCCCCUGCUAUUCGGCACAUUGGUUCGAGCGAAACCUGUCAUAUACGUUCUUUCCAAGUCGACCAGCUCCCUACGCCUGAAAGUGAGUUGGCACUCUAGCUGCAUCAAUUGAACUACACAUCACUUCAGCUUGAGAGCAGCUUUCCGCUUCCAGUCAGGCUUGAGCCCCAGCCUGGAUCUCGACGUGCACUUUCCCAGUCAUGAUUAGCUUAGCUUGGUGUUGCUUCGCUUUUCCCGCGGUGGCUUCUUGUUUAGGCUAGGCUUGGCUUGGUGCUUGUCAGUCGGAGAGGCAAAGAAGGUCUGCGCAUGCAAAUAUUGGCUGUGCUUUGCAAUCGCCUUUAACCAGUGGGCAAGCUAUCAUACAACGGACGCGCUUUCCAGUAUGUACUUCGCAUGAUCUAGCUUGUCUGCCCUGUACCUGGAUACACCUGUCGUGACGGGGCGGGGAUUCAUCACUCGAAAUUUUAAGGGUCAGCUAUAUGCUGUAAGUAAAAGGGUGACGCCUGCCUAUUACGAGGGCGGAGGCGAGAUGAGGUCGUAUUGCUGGGGGCAUGAGAAGGGGGGAGGCAGAGACGAUAUAGCAGGUCUAGGGAGGCUGGGCGAGCAGGGCAGCGGCAAUAAAAGAGCAGGUGCGAGGAGCAAGGCGUCGGCUCCAUGCUUGCCCACGGCUGGCCACGGCACUGAAAAGCGAGGCUGUGAAGGAUCCCCCAGGGUGGAACUGGGCGCGGUUAUUGUCUGGAGCCAGCGAUGACAUCCAAGCGCUCAGCCGCCAGGCUUCCUGUAGGAGACAAGGAAGGAGUAUUGGCUAGAGAGGCAAUUGAGGAGUCGUCGGUAUCAUGUGAUGCCUGGGUGCUGACGCUGUGACUCCCAUGACUUGCUGUACCCGAAUGGCUUGCUUCACUCACUCCGCGCCCGAAUUCGCUUCCAAAGGUCUGCCGAGCUAGGUUCUCGACAGCCUCCGCAACUCUAGCGUCCAUUCGCUCAAGGCGAUGUAGACGGUGCACGGUGCAAGAGUGCAGGGUCCAACGGAGCAUACCAAGUCUGUGCCCGUUGCCGCCAGCCUCCAAAAUAGAGCCAGCUCAAGAAGCGUAGCAAUGUCGCGCAGUGAUCUUGUUGACAGUGUGUGCGGACGAGCAGAGCGACCUUUGUUGUGUUCGAGUGCCUUUUGCGGGUGUGCUUGAUGGCGGCGUACCACGUUCGUUCGCCUUGUCUGUUGAUGCGUGACUCGUGGUGGACUGCACCGUGAUGUCAGAUGUCAGUCGUAUUGCGAAAGCGGCCGUGCGUUUCGAGGCCACACGCAGCACUGCGUGGGCAUAUAAUGUUGGUUCAGCACCCUCUGUGGUGCACAUGUGAGGUUGUCAUGCUGCACGAGUGCGCGUGCGAAUUUCCAGAUUCGCUGCCGCACUUGUCCGCCACCGUGCCAGAUGACGUAAUGCAGAGAGGCAGGAGAGUGGAAAACCCAGUUGCGGGUGAUAUGUGCGUCGAAGCUGAUGACGGUCCAGUGGAACCAGUUGACCAGUUUUAUCCGCACUCCUCCAAGAUCGACGGAUCUACCUGCUGGAUAAAUGGGACAGGGUGCCGUCGGCAGAGUUUGGCUGGUGGUGGGUGACAAUUUCUUGCUUCAUCGAGUCCGCACACGCUGCUUCAGUACAGAGGCUCGGUUUCGAGCUUCUGCAUUCUUCUUUGAGGACUCUUGUGUGCCUGCCUUGGUCCUCUUGCAGCAGCUCCGGCUCAGAGGGACGCUGUUGUUUCGGCCAGCCAUCGGACUGGAACUAUGUUAGACGACAACAAGAAGAUUGGUA